UGUGGCGUAUCGUGCGAAGAUGGCGAGUAUAGAGGUGUCCCUGGGCGCGGCGGGCGCUCGCCGCCGCAGUGCCGGCAGCCGGGAGUUGGAGGCCCUGCGCGGAGCCCUCGCCGACAGAGAUACGCUCAUCAACAAUUUAAAGAAGCAGCUAAGCGCGUCACUGAGUGCGGCCCGGCUGGCGGCGCAAUCGGUGUCUCCCGCACCGGCGCGAGGUCUUCGUGAGGAGAGUCCUGCAACCCUGGCCCCGGAGGAACGUGCCGCCCUGGAGCAGCGCGCAGCAGCCGUGCGGGCUGAGCUGGACACCCGCCGGGCGCAUAUCCUGGACCUGAGGAGACGGCUGGACCAGACACAUGUUACAGACAAUAUCGACACCCGCAUCGAGCAGGCAGAGCUGCAGUACCAAGUGGGCCGCGAGGAGCUGGAAGUGCUGACCCUGGGGGAACAGGCACGGGCUCUAUCUCACCUCAUCGAGCAGGCAGACGCUGCGGCCGCCAGGAACCAUCGAGCUACACUUUACAGCACGGUGCGUGAAUGUGGCGGUGACGCAGCGCUGGUGAUCGCAGAGGCGCGUGAGACGACGUACAGUGCUGUGCAGCGCGGCGCCGGAGUCGUGCUGGAGUGGGCCGACCACCCCGCGCUGCGCUCCGGAGACAGAGUGUUGGAAGUAAACGGCACCAGUGUGUUGUGCUGUAGCCUGGAGGAGUUCCACCGCGCGGCCUCGUGUGCGGCACCCGCGCGGCUCGCACUGCUGAGGGCGGCGCCCCCCGUGACUCCGCCCAUUACACAUAACGAGGCGGUGUUACUACGUACCGAAUUAGAGAAACUAAAGACCGCAGCCGUAGAGGCAGAGAAGACCAAAGAAGGAUUGAGAACGGACAACACGCGGCUCACGCACAGAAUAUCAUAUCUAGAAGAACAGGUCUCCGAACUACUGGCCAGGCACACUCAGGUGCAUUCCUCCAACAGUAGCGACAGCUGCAUCACAGUCAACAAAACAAAGAAGAAUGUAACCAACAUCAACAUAACAUCAGAACCGCUCAACACAAGCAAGCAGAGUCCCAAGUCCGAGGUGCAAGUGUUUCAGAAAGGUCCCGACAUCACCGCCAUCGUCGCCAAGCUGCCAGGACUGGAUGGUCCCGAAGCGAACUUGCCCGUGAUGCGGCCGCGCUCCAACGGCUCCGGGGCGUCGUCGCGGGUGCUACCCUCGCCGCGUACGUCACCGGCACCGCAGCACAGGGCUCACAGCUCGCACAGUCUGGACCACCGCGCAGGCCGCGGGCGACACUCGCUGCCACAGCACUGCGGCGCCGCAGCGGAUUACAGCGCCGAGACCGACGCCGCCAUCAGAAUGAUCGAAAGAAACCAAAGACACAUGGAAAAGCAGCGCUUAAGAACGGAGAAACAACGCUCCAAAGUAGAUGACCGAUUCCGAUCCGAUAGCGAUUUGGAUCGAAAGUCGUGGAGUUCUUGUGAUCCAAGACCAACUAACCAGAAAGCGUCCGAGAGAAUAGAAGAAAGCAUUAAGAAAACCAACUGGGCUGAAAGAAAAACGCUCUCUAUUAUUGAACAACUGAAACGGUCUCAACGCCUACGUAAGUUAAAAAAGAAUGAAAGCAGCGAAGAUAUUCAAGUAGAAUCCGACCGGCAGUACGUGCACAACAGGAUCGACGGGAAGGUUAUAGAAAACGCGCACAAAUCUCGUAGGUCCUCCAAGUUGUACUCGAGGAGUGCUAAGUCUUCUGAAUUCGAGUCGGAAUGUUCAGACUACCCGAACGGCGACAUCUACAGCAGCUCACCGAGGCUGGACUACGGCUCCGAAAGCUAUUCCAGGCUGAGUCACUAUAAAAAAAGUGACGAGACGGACGAGGGCAAGUAUCGACCGACUCCGCCCAGGAAACCGUUGAGGCUGUCUCUACAUAAAGCUAAGAGCGCUCAUUCUUUGAUGAAUGGAAGUGAAUCAGAGACUCCAAGCAGACCGCCGUUGGGCCAGGGUGUGCAGGAGUCGUCGGGUAAAAGGCCGGGGAAGAGGUCGCACGGCGCGGACAGGUGGGCGCGGGAAUGUAGCCGCGAGGGCGUGCGAGCUACGCCCCGGCCCGGCCGUCGUGCGGCGCCCACCCUCACCACGUGCGAGGCGCCCGCCGCCGACCGCCUGUAUCCCGACACGCUACCCCCUGCGCGGUCGAGCGGCUCGCUCUCCAAAUGGUGCUAGCCACACGUAAAAUAAUCCAUGGAAAUCAUGACCCAAAAGAAAACUGAACACUUGAAUUUAAUCCCAUAUAUUUAGUUUAAAGCCUGUUAUUCCCUAACUGGGAUUCUUCAGUUUGUGUAAAAUUGUUCAAAUUGGCACGACCUAAAGUAUUAACACGGGCGAUUGACUCUCGUACGACCAGUCAAAUAAGUCGUAGCUGUCUCCUACUGUACAUAAUGUAUAAACUGUAGUGCACCCACCGUAGAUACUUAACUAAGUUAUAUUUAUUAAAAUAUUUUCCACA